CGAGCGGUUCGAACAGCGAGUCAACCUGCCCCGCACACGUGGGACAUCUUGGCACCCUCGGCUUCCACUCUAAACCGGGAAAACUCAAACCGAACGCCGCGUUCGCCUUCGGAUUUCUUCGGACAUCCUCCAUUUUCCGAAUAACCUUCACCAAAGGCGACGAUCGACUGUCGCUUUUCCUCAUUUUCACUCAUUUUCUCCUCGCUUUGAUUUUCACGUGGAAAGCCACCGGUUCGCGACCAACCAGCAAGUAGUCAGUACCGGGAAGUUGAACCAAGAUGUCUGGGAAGAUCAUCAACACCACGGCGAGCCUGAUUUUGGAGGAUGGGACGCGGUUUACGGGCAGCCUUUUCGGAGCUAAAGUGUCCGUUUCUGGCGAAGUUGUGUUCCAAACGGGCAUGGUAGGCUACCCCGAAGCCCUGACUGACCCGUCAUAUCGCUGCCAGCUGCUUACCCUUACCUACCCGCUGGUGGGCAACUAUGGCGUGCCAUCAUCCGAAGAUGGAGCCUUUGGAUUGAGCAAGUGGUUCGAGUCUUCAAAGAUCCAUGCCGCCGCUCUCAUCAUUGGGGAGCUGUCGGAGAAUCCGAGUCACUGGAGCGCAGUCAAGUCCUUGGACCAGUGGCUCCAGGAGCAUGGAGUUCCUGGACUACAAGGUAUAGACACCCGCUGCCUGACUAAAAAGAUCCGCGAGAAAGGGACCAUGUUAGGGAAGCUGGUCCUGGAGGGAAUCCCUGAGGACAGCAUUCCCUUUGACAAUCCUGAUAAGAGAAACCUGGUCCAGGAGGUGUCUAUGAAGGAGCCGCAGAUAUUCAACCCCAACGGCAAUCUGCGGAUCACCGUGGUGGACUGUGGCAUCAAAUACAACCAAAUCCGCUGCCUGGCCAAGCGAGGGGCCCGCGUCAACGUUGUACCCUGGGAUCACCCGUUGGACAGCUCAGAAUUUGACGGUUUGUUCAUCAGCAACGGUCCCGGCGACCCGCUCCUCUGUCAGGCAACAAUCGACAACGUGCGGAGAGUUGUGGGUGUGGAUCACCCUAAGCCAGUUUUCGGAAUAUGCCUGGGACAUCAGCUGCUCUCCUUGGUCAUUGGAGCAAAGACAUACAAGAUGAAGUAUGGCAACCGUGGUCACAACCAGCCAUGCCUCCACAAGGGCACCGACCGUUGCUUCAUCACCAGUCAGAACCACGGCUUCGCGGUGGACCCCGACACUUUGCCGAGCGACUGGGACGUUCUCUUCACAAACGCCAACGACCACACCAAUGAGGGCAUCGUGCACAACACGCAGCCACUCUUCAGUGUCCAAUUCCAUCCCGAGCACAUGGCCGGCCCGACAGAUCUGGUCGGCUUGUUUGAUGUGUUUCUCGACACCGUCAGAGAUCAUAAGGAGGGCAACGCUGGCAAAUCUGUGAAGCAGCGUCUGAUGGAUCAUCUCACCUACCUGGGCUCUCCCAAGCCUGAAGACAUGUCCCGACCGAGGAAGGUCCUCAUCCUGGGCUCUGGAGGGCUUUCCAUUGGACAGGCUGGCGAGUUUGACUACUCAGGCUCUCAGGCUAUUAAGGCUCUGAAGGAGGAGAACAUUCAGACAGUGCUGAUCAACCCCAACAUUGCUACGGUGCAGACUUCCAAGGGUCUGGCAGACAAGGUUUACUUCCUGCCAAUUACGCCAGCGUAUGUAACUCAGGUCAUCAAAAACGAGCGUCCAGACGGUGUCCUGCUGACGUUUGGUGGGCAGACGGCGCUCAACUGCGGUGUGGAACUGACCAAGCUGGGCGUGUUGGAGAAGUACAACGUGAAGGUUCUGGGCACACCAGUGUCCUCCAUCGAGAUGACCGAGGACAGGAAGAUCUUUGUGGAGAAGAUGGAGGAGAUCAAUGAGCACGUGGCGCCCAGCGAGGCGGCUUUAUCUGUAGAGCAGGCAGUGGCUGCCGCAGAACGCCUGGGCUACCCCGUGCUCGUGCGUUCGGCCUUCGCUUUGGGCGGCCUCGGAUCGGGCUUCGCCAACAACAGCGAGGAGCUGACGUCACUGGUCACGGCGGCUUUUGCGCACACCUCGCAAGUGCUGGUGGACAAGUCGUUGAAGGGUUGGAAGGAAAUUGAGUACGAGGUGGUGCGCGACGCCUACGACAACUGCGUCACUGUAUGUAAUAUGGAGAACAUUGACCCACUGGGAAUCCACACCGGGGAGUCUAUCGUGGUGGCGCCUAGUCAGACGCUCAAUGACCACGAGUACAACAUGCUGAGAAACACCGCCAUCAAGGUCAUCCGCCAUCUUGGCAUUGUAGGAGAGUGCAACAUCCAGUAUGCGCUCAAUCCUGAAUCGGAACAGUACUACAUUAUCGAAGUGAACGCCCGCUUGUCCCGCAGCUCCGCCCUGGCCAGCAAGGCCACAGGUUAUCCUCUGGCGUACGUGGCAGCUAAACUGGGCCUUGGGAUCCCUCUACCGCAACUCAAAAAUUCCGUCACCAACUCAACCACAGCCAAUUUCGAGCCCAGUUUGGACUACUGCGUAGUAAAGGUGCCUCGCUGGGAUCUGAGCAAGUUCUUGAGGGUCUCCACUAAAAUCGGAAGCUCCAUGAAGAGCGUUGGUGAGGUCAUGGCUAUUGGCCGCAGCUUCGAGGAGGCCUUCCAGAAAGCUCUGAGGAUGGUGGACGAGAACUGCGUAGGGUUUGACCACACCAUCAAGCCUGUCUCUGAACAAGAGCUUCAGACGCCUACUGACAAGCGCAUAUUCGUUCUGGCUGCCGCGUUGCGUGCCGGCUACACUGUGGACCAACUGUAUGAGCUGACUAAGAUUGACCGCUGGUUCCUACACAAGAUGAAGAACAUUGCCGACCAUGAGCGACUACUAGAGAUGUACAACCAGGAUGAGAGCCUAAUGCCGCCCGAGGUGAUGCGCAAGGCCAAGCAGCUAGGCUUCUCCGACAAGCAAAUCGCGCUGGCUGUUCAGAGCACAGAGUUAGCAGUGAGAAAGCUGCGCCAAGAUUGGUCCAUCCUCCCUGUGGUCAAGCAGAUCGACACGGUGGCGGCGGAGUGGCCAGCCUUCACCAACUACCUGUACCUCACCUAUAACGCCGCCCAGCACGACCUGAGCUUCAGCGACCAGCACGUCAUGGUGAUCGGAUCGGGCGUGUACCGCAUCGGCAGUAGCGUGGAGUUUGACUGGUGCGCGGUCGGCUGCAUCACAGAGCUCCGGAAGAUGGGCUACAAGACUAUAAUGGUGAACUACAACCCCGAGACAGUCAGCACAGACUACGACAUGUGCAACCGGCUCUACUUUGAUGAAAUCUCCUUUGAGGUGGUGAUGGAUAUCUAUGAAAUGGAAAACCCAGAGGGCGUGAUUCUGUCUAUGGGAGGCCAGCUGCCCAACAACAUUGCCAUGUCACUGCACCGCCAGCAGUGCCGCAUCCUGGGAACCUCACCUGAAUUCAUCGACUCGGCGGAGAACAGGUUCAAGUUCUCCAGAAUGCUGGACACCAUCGGCAUCAGCCAGCCGCAGUGGAAAGAACUCUCUGAUACUGAGUCAGCGAUAAGGUUUUGCGAGAUGGUGGGCUACCCGUGCUUGGUCCGACCGUCCUACGUGCUGAGCGGAGCCGCCAUGAAUGUGGCUUACUGUGACGGCGACCUGGAAACGUACUUGAGCAAUGCCGUGGCUGUCUCCAAAGAGCAUCCCGUUGUCAUCUCUAAAUUCAUACAGGAGGCCAAGGAAAUAGACGUAGACGCGGUGGCGUGCGACGGCGUAGUGAUGGCUUUCGCCGUGUCCGAGCAUGUAGAGAACGCCGGCGUGCACUCGGGCGACGCCACGCUCGUGACCCCCCCUCAGGAUCUCAACCAGAAGACCAUCGAAAGGAUCAAGAUGAUCGUCCACGCCAUUGGGCAAGAACUGCAGGUCACAGGACCUUUCAACUUGCAGUUAAUUGCAAAGGAUGACCAGCUGAAGGUGAUUGAGUGCAAUGUCCGGGUCUCGCGCUCCUUCCCCUUCGUAUCGAAGACUCUGGGAGUGGACCUCGUCGCGCUGGCGACGCAAGUCAUCAUGGGCGAGGAAGUGGAGCCUGUUGGCCUGAUGAGGGGGAAGGGCAUCGUGGGUGUUAAGGUUCCUCAGUUUUCCUUUUCACGGCUGGCUGGCGCUGAUGUAGUGCUCGGCGUGGAAAUGACAAGUACCGGUGAAGUGGCAUGUUUUGGCGAAAACCGCUACGAGGCUUACCUCAAAGCCAUGCUUUCCACUGGUUUCAAAAUUCCCAAGAAGAACAUUCUUCUCUCCAUUGGCAGCUAUAAGAACAAGAGUGAGCUGCUGCCCACCGUCCAAGCUCUGGAGUCGCUAGGUUACGAUCUGUAUGCUAGUCUGGGCACUGCCGAUUUCUAUACCGAACAUGGCGUCAAGGUGAAGUCAGUGGACUGGCCAUUCGAGGAGGAAGACAGCACGUGUCCCACCAAGGAAAAGCAGCGCAGCAUCAUGAACUACUUGGAGGAGAACCACUUUGACCUGGUGGUGAACCUCUCUAUGAGGAACAGCGGGGGACGCCGUCUGUCCUCCUUCGUCACUAAGGGUUACCGCACCCGCCGCAUGGCCAUCGACUACUCGGUGCCGCUCAUUAUCGACAUCAAGUGUACUAAACUCUUUGUUCAGGCUCUUCGUCAGAUUGGUCCAAGCCCGCCAGUGAAGACUCACAUCGACAGCAUGACAUCACAGACGCUCGUCCGUCUGCCGGGUCUUAUCGACGUCCACGUUCACUUGCGGGAACCCGGCGCCACACACAAGGAGGACUUUUCAUCAGGCACGGCGGCCGCCCUGGCAGGCGGCGUGACCAUGGUGUGCGCCAUGCCCAACACCUCGCCUGCUGUCACGGACGCCACCUCUCUGGCACUUUUACAGAAGCUCGCCAAAGCCGGAUGCCGCUGCGACUACGCGCUCUACCUGGGCGCCGCCUCGGACAACGCGGCCGUCCUGCCGGCUUUCGCUAGUCAGGCUGUUGGCCUGAAGAUGUACCUGAACGAUACCUAUUCCACCCUGAAGAUGGACAACGUCUCGCUGUGGAUGGAGCACUUUGAGAAGUGGCCCAAACAUCUCCCCAUCGUGGCACACGCUGAGAAGCAGACGGUGGCCGCCAUCUUGAUGGUGGCUCAGCUCUACCAGCGGUCGGUGCACAUCUGUCACGUGGCUAAGAAGGAGGAGAUUGUGAUUAUCCGGGCCGCCAAGCAGAAGGGCAUCCAGGUGACGUGCGAGGUGGCGCCCCAUCACUUAUUCCUGUGCGAGGACGAUGUGGCGGAGAUCGGCAACGGGCGAGCGCAAGUGCGACCCAUGUUGGGUUCGCGGGAGGACAUGGAGGCGCUGUGGGAAAAUCUGGACAUUAUCGACUGCUUCGCCACAGACCACGCUCCUCAUUCCGCGGAGGAAAAGGACAGCGACCAUGCUCCUCCGGGCUACCCCGGCCUGGAGACCAUGCUGCCGCUGCUGCUCACCGCCGUUAGCGACGGACGCCUGACUUUAGACGACAUCAUCCGACGUCUUCACGACAACCCGCGCCGCAUUUUUAACCUGCCCGUGCAGGACAACACCUACGUGGAGGUGGACUUGGAGCAGGAGUGGCAGAUUCCAUCUGCCAUGCAGUUCACCAAGUCCAAGUGGACGCCAUUUCAAGGCAUGAAGGUGAAGGGUAAAGUUCGCCGUGUGGUCCUGCGAGGAGAGGUGGCCUACAUUGACGGGCAGGUCUUGGUGCCGCCAGGUUAUGGCGAGGAUGUGAAAACAUGGCCUGUAGCUUCCGUCCUCACGCCUGAAAGCCCAAUGACCCCCGAGCGUCCUCGCCCGACCCCUCCCCGCGACGGUCUCGUGCGUACCCGAGCCGCCAGUCCCCGCCGUUCGGCCGGAGACGGUCGCUACUUACAGCCCGCUCGGGUUCAUCGCUCGUCCGACCCGGGACUGCCCCCAGAGAUGGUCAUGCUGCCACCCUCGGGCGUGGCCGAAAGCUACAGCCACCCGCCUCCGCUGUCCAGGUUGUUGUCGCCCCAAGCCAUACCAGGCCAGGCACCUGUUGCACAGCAAACCCACCCACAUGUGUCUCCCUUGCUGCAGCACCUAGUGGGUCAGCAUAUCCUGUCUGUCAAACAAUUCAGCAAAGAGCAGAUGUCUCAUCUGUUCAACAUUGCACACACGUUACGUUUAAUGGUUAAGAAGGAAGUCAGUCUGGAUAUACUCAAGGGUAAAGUGAUGGCGUCUAUUUUCUACGAAGUGAGCACUCGUACCAGCAGUUCCUUCGCGGCGGCUAUGCAACGUCUAGGAGGCUCAGUGGUCCACUUCUCGGAGUCCACUUCGUCCACGCAGAAGGGCGAGUCCUUGGCCGACUCUGUGCAGACCAUGAGCGGCUACGCAGACGUGCUGGUGCUCCGACACCCUGAACCUGGCGCUGUGGAGAGAGCGUCUCGCCACUGCCGCAAGCCCGUAAUCAACGCUGGCGACGGCGUGGGUGAGCAUCCCACCCAGGCUCUUUUGGACGUUUUCACCAUCCGGGAGGAGCUCGGCACCGUCAACGGCAUGACGAUCACCAUGGUUGGAGACCUGAAGCAUGGACGCACUGUCCACUCGCUGGCAAAACUGCUGACUCAGUACCGCAUCACGCUGCGUUACGUGGCCCCCAAGAACCUCCACAUGCCGGCUGAGAUCAUCGACUAUGUGGCUUCCAAGGGCAUUAAACAGGAGGAAUUUGAGAACAUUGAGGAAGCGCUGCCCGACACUGACGUCCUCUACAUGACCAGAAUCCAGAAGGAGCGGUUUGCAUCCGAAGCAGAGUACAAGGCUUGUUUCGGCCAAUUCAUCCUCAGCCCUCACAUCAUGACCGCAGCUAAGAAGAAGAUGGUCGUCAUGCAUCCGAUGCCCCGAGUCAACGAAAUCAGUGCGGAAGUGGACACAGACCCGAGGGCCGCAUAUUUCCGCCAGGCCGAGAACGGCAUGUACAUCCGAAUGGCACUGCUGGCAACUGUGUUGGGACGAUAAUUAAGUCAUUCCUGCCAUUCAAGUUAUUUUGAGACCAGUUUUUCUUUUAAAAGGGAACCCUCAGGGGAAAGAAUGCUGCUUUGGUCAACGAGAUUGAAGAACAUUGUUGUAAAAACCCUGCUUUUUCUCCCCUUUUGUGAUAUACCUCAUUUACUUGUAGUUACAAUGUGCAGCAUCACCCAUUCGUGUACUUCAGUUGUCAUUUUAGGUGAUUUACAGGUCAAAUAAAUGUCAUUUAAGUGUAGUAGAUGUUUUUUGUACUGUCGAAAAAUGAAUAAAGAUACAUUACUGUC